AUGAAUUGUGCCCUGUGCCCGCCGCUGUUUGGUUCCGGCCGUGCUCUGGCUGGCGUGCCUGCUGUGCACGCUCCAGAUGCUCGCCGCAUUCGUCGGCCACGCGGAGGAGGCUCCCCUGAAGGGCGACCAGUCUCGGAGGCCCGCAGGCUGCGACCCCGGCACGUGGGGGGCGAGACCGAGGUGCGCGGCCGUACCUACCAAAGGCACGGGGCCGAACCGCUGGACGCCCGGCACCGCGAGCUGCACUCGGAAAGGCUGCGGCUCAACAGGCUUGCCCGACCGCACCUGGUGGCCCGCAGGCAGAUAUCACUAGCAGCGUCACCUCCUCAGAUUCCUUUGACCCUGGUUGCUCGCAGAGCCGUGAACCGCAAGACAGAUUCAGACACGUGGAGGACACAUUCUCUGAACACGCGGUCUUCAUCGUGUCUUCUUCUCCCAACCGCAGGUGCUACUUCCUCCCAAGCCGGAGCCUCGCACUUCCUGGGACACGGUAAUGAGGACGCUCGGCUCAACUUUAGCUGCGGCACCUGCGCUCUGGUCGGUUACUCCGGUCACCUUCUUGGCUCCGGUCUGGGCAACUCGGUCGACGCCUCAGAGUGCGUCAUCCGCCUGGGCCGAUCACCCGGCCGAGGCUACGACCAGGACGUGGGAAGCAAGGCUACCUUCCGACUGAUGCACGCUGACACGCUCCUAACUACUCAAGGGACCGCAGCGAGAGAAGCGCCUAUCCAACAGCCCGCUGGCAUCGGAUCACCUAGUGGUGUUCGGCACGCCCAAGAAGCCACUCCUGCAUCGCUGCGAACACGCCUGGAGAGCAGCGGUGGACCGCGAUUGCUUAGCCUUCGCCGAAGCGCAGAGCAUGCGGCCGCGAAGAGCCUCGCCGAGCACGCAAGCACACUAGGGUACCAACUUUCCGGAGCAGAGCCGUCAACCCUGUGGCAUGCCGUCAAACUCACCGAGACAAUAGGUUGCCAGUCCCUGAACGUGUUCGGAGUUCCUGAGCCUAAGAUAUGCAAGCGCCACCGCAACGAGCCAUCGCGUUCCCGCUUCUGGGAGUACGCGUCCCCGCCUCAGUGCCUGGACGGUCUCGACGUGGGCCACAACGAGAACCCGCUGAGACCUGAUCCCGGUCACCUAAGCCUGGUCGAUCGUAGGGCGUUGGCUGGAUGGCUGCAAUCCGCGCAAAAGCCUGUCAUCCGAUUCUUGGCACCCACUUGGAGCGUCUCCCAACCUGCGUCUGCUGCUGCCGCUGCGACGUGACGUAGCCGGAGGAAAGUUCCUAACUUGCACAUAAGUGUAGGCAUUAGCUGCCACGCUAGGUCGCAGCAGGACACGUUGUGUUCGCCAAGAGGACGCCAUGGUGCAAUGCUUACUUGUGGUAACUGCGCGUCUGUUGUGAGGCUGUCCGGUGAAGUGAAAAAGUGUUCCGACUGGUGCUGGAGUGAAAGAAGACUAGCUUGCACCGCUAGGCCGACAUCGUCACGUGCUUUCUUCAUUUUACGAGACCGCCAUCCUGUGCUGCUUCUUAAGGAAAGGAUGGCGCUUCAUCGCAUUGCAGUUUUCGGGGAGUCGAUUUGUCUUGAGGACAAAGAAAGCAUAGAAAGGAAUCGUGGUACUGGAAAGCAGGCGUGCAACAACGGAUACGUGUAGAACGAAAAG